AUGUUGGUGCUUGUGCAGAACGAUCCCGGCAGCCGGUCAAGUGGUUAUGUAGGUAUAGUUCUCUGUGGAUCCUUGGUGUUGAUGCACACCAUGGGAAGCGAGAUUCCCUGGGCUAUGACCAUGGCUGCCUUUGUCCCUUGCUUGCUGGCAGCUGUGGGAGUCUUCUUAGUGGCGCUUGUAGUGGACGUGGACUGUUUGCAGACAAACAAUGCAAAUGGCAACCCAAAUAGGAACACCAUCACCAACAGUGACCCGCCAAGGGCGCAGGCAACGCUAGCUUCCAGAGCCAACGGCUUGAACAGACAACCGCUGGUACACGUUUCUUCACAGGGUACCAUUGGGAAUAGUACUAUUGGCAGUGUAUCACCCACAAAUCGGUCACCCGUCAUACACUUCUACACAAACAGACCUUCUAGCAGACGAAGCUUAAACUCUACCAACACCAGCAACACCAACACCAACACACCAGCCAGAUUUGCUGCUGGAAACGCAAGUCCCAGGGAUCGACAAGCACAAACACCACCAACAUCUCAAAAUUUCCGCCCACUCAAUUGA